UGGACGGUGAGUACGGGCGGUCACGUGACGUGCGUGCCGAGCCAGCAGCAGAACAUUGCAAAUGACAAGACGCGUAGGGCAUUGUGUCGUCGCGCCGCCGCUACCGCUACCGCUACCACCGUUGCCGUCGUCGCCGUCGCCGUCGUCGUCGUCGCCGUCGUCGCCGUCGUCGCCGUCGCCGCCGUCGCCGUCGUCGUUGCCGUCGUCGUCGUCCACGAGAUCGAGAAUUCCUCCGUGGUCGCGUCGCGAGCCGAGAAGAGUGUCCAGAGGCGCUUGGCACGGGUACGUGUCGUACGUACGGGUACACGCGUCCCGUAAAAAGCAGCCGUAGUUGCGCGCGCGACUCGUCGAGCGGGGGCUCUUCUCUCCCGCGCCCUGAGCCUGAGAGAAAGAGCGGCGGCCGCCGAGGCAGGAGGAAGCCGCGUCAGGUGCGCGUCCGCUCUCCGCUACGUUUUCCCCGCGCGCGCGCGCGCGCGGAGGUGCGAGUCCGCUCCGGUGCCGCUCCGCUCGCCGAAGGAGAGGAAAGGAUGUCGAGCUCGCAGCGUAUGCGAAAGUCCUCGCCAUGCUCCAAGCAGGGCCCGAUGCGCGCCACCCUGCCCGUGAGCUCGCUCAUGAGGCAGGGCCGGCAGAGCAGCAGUCUCCGCAAAAGCAACAGCAACAGUCCCACCGUCUCGCCGACGAACGCGACCACCUGGCGAGCGCGCAUCUCGCCGGAGACAUCGUCUUCCUCGGGGCAGCGGAGUCCCGGGUCCCUGUCCUACAAAGCCAAAUCAAAAACACUAAGUGGUCGCUGUAGCGAUAGCUUAAGUGGCAGCCAGAGUAUUCGACGAACAGCAUCACUGGAUACCAUCUAUCUAAAAGGACAAUGGCCACGUGACUCCUAUUACAUGCAUUCCAGUCUUCUGGUGGACAAAUCUACUCAGACGGAAGAAUGUUCCAAUGAACCAAGAAAAAUGCAUACUCGUCACCCUACAGAACAAACGGUCACCGAUGAAAAAAUGGAGAAGAAUUAUUUCAGGCAUCGAUUACAACGUACAAAUAAGGAAGGUACUAGCAGUAGAGAACGGACAGCGGCAUUCGGACUAAUAAUGCCGGGUGGUCCACCACCCGCGCUUCCCGGAGAUCAUUCAGUACUUUUACCCAGUAUUGUUUCACAGACAUCAAUGCACAAUCAAUUUAGUUUGAGUACAAAAGCAAGUCCCAUGAAUAUCCCAGUGAAACCAAUGAGGCCUCCAAUGCGUUCGUCUAUCGAAGGGCUCAAUCAAGAAAUCGAAGGACUCGUGCUCAAAAGUACAGCCAAUAAUAGCGAUACAGAUCAUCCAAUAGAGGACAAGUAUGCACGAUAUCGUGAGCAAAUCACACCUGAAGGACAUCGCGCUCCUUUAGCAGAUCUAUUGCGAGCUACUCGGAGUGUCAACACACAAACGCCGGCUACUGACCUUCCUUCCAGUUCUUAUUCUUCAGGCCCUCCAUCUAGGAAUUCUGAGUCUCCGCUGAUUCCUGGUGUUAUGGAUGCGUCCCGUCCGCCUAGCGAUCUCUUACAAGGUGGAAGCCGUGGUUCAACACCUGAACAAGAUAGAGAAGGACGUCUCGGCACUUCUCCUCACAUUAACAGGUUCCUGGCGAGGGAACCGCCCGAUGGCUGUGAGAAAGUCAACCUCAAAUUUGUGGAAGAUGCAAGGCGGCCCAUGAUAGAUUUGAGUAAACUAGACUAUUGCCCAAAGCCGUGCGUUCCAGCAUUCCAGUUGAAACCCAGCUCUGGAUCAGCGUUCCUGCCAUUGCAACAGUCGGCCAGCCCGACGAUGGUCGCCUCGAGUGCAUCACCUUCCGCGCAUACAACACCGACCACACCUCCACCAAAUCCAUAGUCCUACUCUUUAUCUUGCGGUGUUACACUUGUAAGCUCGAUUAGUAUAUAUAUAUACAUACAUAUAUAUAUAUACAUACAUAUAUAUAUAUAUAUUUUUUUUUAACGACCUUGUGGGUAGAAAGUGAUUUACUUCGACAUAAAGGCAUAUAUAUCGACAAAGAAAAGUUACCGAACAAAAAGGAAAAGAACAGCCUGUUCCCAGUGCGCACCGCGCGGACAUCGUGCGGGCAUCAUGGAUUGUGUAAUUAAAAAAGUUGCGGAAUUGCAUCGAUACAAAAAAAAAUAAAAAUAAAGGAAAAGAAGUAUUUGGACGGCAUCCGAGCUCCGUUUGUAAUGUUCGAAACAAUAAUAUAUAAAUACGAGGAACAAUAAUUUGUGAUAACUAAAAGAAAAAAAAAACACAAAAAAGAUAAAGAAACAACAACGUUUAGGAAUGAACAUUGUGUUCUACAGGGAAAAAAGACUAAUGAAAUUGCGUAUUCUAAAUUUAGUGCUAAAAUGUGCUAAACGACUUUAAUUUUGUACACACGGAUAAGUAUUCAAGAUGACAAAAGAAGUAUUAAAUUUGAUUGUUGGAAUAAACAAAAUUAUAUGGAUACAAAACAAAAAAGGCACGUGUGCACAAUAUAUAUGUAUGCACGUAUACGUAUAUGUAUAUAUAUGCAUACGUAUAUAUACAUUGUUGCUCGUCUCUAUAAUGUUUUUAUUAGAAUCUUCAUUGUUUGAAGUACUCGAUUACAUAGUGACAGAGAUGUGAAUCACCCUUGUUAGAAUUUUGUAUCGUUUUGUAUUAUUACUUGUAUGCUAAAAAUAUUGUCAAACUA